AACCGUUGCAGGUAAUAAAGAAAGUAGAAGGACAUGAGUCAUCUUAUUGAAGUGGAGCACAAAGUACAAACGACGACAGACAGACGACGUUUGAAAGAGAGAGAAAACAGAGCCAUUGACAGACAGCCGGGCGUUUUUUCGGAGCUGAAAGAUCCGAGGUUGCGGAAGAAACUCUAAAGCGAAUCGUGAUGGAAGGUGAAUUCCCAGACCAGGAAUCAGUAGGGUCUGGGACAAAAAGGUCUAGUGUAUCAUCUAGUAGUAGGUCUCGGAAUCGAAAGGACUUCUUUCAAAAAUUUGGGGAUAGUAAACACCUGACUGCAAAACUUGAAGACUGGUUUGAUUUAUUAUCAGAAAAGUCGGCAGCAAAAACGCCUGCCUUUGACGUUCCUUUUGAGUUAAUAGAACUUCAAAAAUUUGAUUAUGCAUUAGAAGGGAUUACAUUUCAGCAGCUGAUUCGGAUGCCCAAUGCUGUUUAUGCUUCUACUUCUGAUGCUGUAGAAGCAACUGCUUAUCUUGCAAUUGAAGACUUUUUACAUGCGAGUGUCAAGGGCUUGUGGGAGGCAUUUUGGAGUCAGGAUAAGCCCAUGCCUUUCUCUGUUAGCUGUCUGUCCAAUGCUAACUUGAAAUUCUACCAGGCUGAGGAGGCCAUUGCUAAUGGUAAGCUUGGAGAUCUUUGUGCUACUGGUAUAAUGCUUCAAAACCCUAGGCAUCCCCAUGGGAAGUGGGACCAUAUUCUUGAACUGGCUCUUUUGAGGCCUGAUAUUGGGAGCCUUGCUGCGGAUAGUGACCAGCGGCCUUCUCUUUCUGUGCUAGGGGAGGCCCUCUUCUAUGCUCUUCGUAUACUACUAUCAAGAAGCUUAAGCAGAUUGAAUUUCUCUGAGACUUCAAACACAGUCUUUGUUCUUCUUGUUGAUUCUCAAUAUGGUGGGGUUGUAAAAGUUGAAGGAGACGUACAUAAGUUGGAAUAUGAUGUGAACAACGUUUAUGAAUGUGCUGCUGAUUGGAUAAAAAACCAUUCUACAAUUGCAGUUUCUCCAAUUGAUAGAAUCUGGAACAAGCUUGGAAAUGCCAAUUGGGGAGAUAUUGGUGCUUUACAGGUACUCUUUGCAACCUUCCACUGUAUCAUGCAGUUUGCUGGAAUGCCCAAGCACUCCAUUGAGGAUUUAGCUGUUGACCAUGGUUCUCGCCUUCAAACAAGAAGAGUGGAGAGGCAGUUGGAGGAUACCAGAGUGAAUGGAAAUGGUCUAUUUCGGUAUCAGCAACAUACUGUUUCCCCUGAAAUUGUUGAAGUUCAAGAAGAUUCCAAUAAAAUUCAUUCUGAAGAGAUGAUGAAGUUAGAAGUAGGAUCAAUAUUAUGGUUAGAGGAUUCAAACUGGCAAAGGGGUUAUCAGAUUAACGAGGUCCUGAGUACAGCUGAAUUUUCAUAUUACCUUGCAUCUCCUGUGGAAGACCCAGGAAAAAGUCUGUUUCUAUAUGUUGGUUCCCAUCCUUCUCAGCUGGAACCAGCGUGGGAAGAUAUGAAUUUAUGGUAUCAAGUUCAGAGACAGACUAAAAUAUUGACCAUCAUGAAACAGAAAGGCCUAUCUUGCAAGUAUCUGCCGCAGUUGAGUGCAUCUGGCAGGAUUAUUCAUCCUGGUGAGUGUCGAAGACCCAGUGCAGGAGGAAACUGUGACCACCCUUGGUGUGGCACUCCAAUUCUUGUGACCAGCCCAAUUGGAGAAACUGUGGCUGACAUGGUAAGUGGAGGUCGAUUUGGUUCAGAGGAGGCAAUCAGGUGUUGUCAUGAUUGCUUGUCUGCACUUUCGACUGCCACUUCUGCUGGGAUUCGGCAUGGAGACAUCAGGCCAGAGAAUAUAAUUUGCGUGAGGUCUGGCGCGAAGCAUCCUUAUUUUGUUCUUAUUGGCUGGGGACAUGCUAUUCUUGAAGAUAGGGACCGCCCUGCCAUGAAUCUUCAUUUCUCAUCAACUUAUGCUCUUCAGGAGGGAAAGUUGUGCUCGGCUUCAGAUGCAGAGAGUCUGGUUUAUAUGCUUUAUUACUCCACUGGUGGAGCUUUUCCUGAUCUGGAUUCAGUUGAAGGAGCAUUGCAGUGGAGAGAGACCUCUUGGUCAAGGAGGUUGAUUCAGCAGAAGCUUGGUGAUGUCUCAACUGUGUUGAAAGCAUUUGCUGAUUAUGUUGACAGUCUAUGUGGAACACCUUAUCCGAUAGACUAUGAUAUAUGGCUAAGAAGGUUAAGGAGAAAUAUUCGUGAGGAAGAUUAUGGGAAGGAAAUCGACACAUCAGGCUAGGAUAUUUUUCCAUUUGCCAAAGGUGAAACAAAUAAUCUGGAUAAUUUUUAUCAUUAUAUAUUCCUGAUUGUGGGCAAUACGGACUUCCGGUGGAAGUCUCUGAAACACGAUGUCAGUUUAACUCCUUCAAGGAUCUUGGAUUUCUGGGUGUUGAUUGUGCUGUUUCGCUUCUUGAAUAUCUCUGGGACUGGUUUUUGCAUAUGCAUGGAUGUGACAAAGUGUCAAUGUUGUACAGACACUGUCUGGUUAUAGUGUGUUCGGUGGACUGAGUAUUCCAGCAAUUCUUCACAUAUAUGUGCAAUUCAGCACCCAACUUAUGUAGAGGAUCGAGAAGAUCGUUUCUUUCAGCUCUUGUGAGUUUCUUAUGGACAUAUGCUGUAUUAAUUACAACCAUUCCUUUGUAAAGAAAUGAGUCAUUGAGAUUGCCCUGAAGUUAGUGUAAUUGUGAGGCUAUGAUAUUGGACUCGGUAUUCUGCUUUGUUCAGGGCAUUAACCAUGUCUGUAAAUGUGUUGGCUCUUUUUUAUUUUUUUCUUUUUCGGCAGGGGGGUGUGAUGGUCCAUGAGAUUUUUACAAGCAGCAUUGUUUGGUCA